CGGCAAAUUCGAACGCGGGCGCGGGCCGGGCGCGAGCGCGGCGGCGGAAGGGGCGACGGUUAUUUCCGUUGCGUCCGUUAGCGGCUGGAGCGAGCGCGGCGCGCGCCUCUGCAUUCGGCUCCAUGGCGACUCCCCCCAAGCGCGGGCGGCUGGAGGGCAGGGUUAAGAAGAUCGCCGUCGAGGGCAACAUCGCUGCUGGAAAAUCAACAUUUGUGAAUAUUCUCAAACAGGCUGAUGAGGGAUGGGAAGUUGUUCCUGAGCCUGUAGCUAGAUGGUGCAAUGUUCAACAAAACUCUGAAGAGGAUUAUGAGGAACUGACUACGUCUCAGAAGAGUGGUGGAAAUGUGCUUCAGAUGAUGUAUGAGAAACCAGAGAGGUGGUCUUUCACUUUCCAGAUGUACGCGUGUCUCAGCAGGAUUCGGGCGCAGCUCAAAUCCAUUGAUGGCAAACUCAGAGAGGCAGAGAAUCCUGUGGUGUUCUUUGAGCGAUCUGUCUACAGUGACAGAUAUAUCUUUGCAGCUAAUUUGUAUGAGUCUGACUGUAUGAAUGAAACUGAGUGGACUAUUUACCAAGACUGGCAUGACUGGAUGAAUAAGCAGUUUGGUCAAAGCCUAGCACUGGAUGGGAUUAUUUAUCUCAGAGCUACUCCUGAGAAAUGCUUAAAUAGGAUUUACUUGCGUGGAAGAGAUGAAGAGCAAGAAAUUCCUAUUGAAUAUCUGGAGAAGCUUCACUACAAACAUGAAAGCUGGCUUCAGCAUAAGACACUGCGAACAGAUUUUGAAUAUCUACAAGAAAUACCUAUUUUAACAUUAGAUGUUAAUGAAGACUUCAAAGGCAAGAAGGACAGAUAUGAUCACAUGACUGAAAAGGUGAAGGAAUUUUUGAGCACAUUAUAAUCCUCUUUGAAGCACAGACGGGGCCAAACUGUUCCAAACAUCUGUGUGAUCAAAGUCUGAAGUAAAACUUCUGCUUUUAUAUAAUGCCUCUGGAGAGGCAGGACUCAACUCUUUUGAAUUAGUUGAGAGAAACAAGCAAACUUUGUGGAUAGAGAAAUUAUUAAAUAAAUUAGUAGAUCUAUUCAAUAUUAUGCCAAGUAGUACGGACAGAUUGUGAACAUAUUAGAGUCCUGAGAGCUACUGGAUAUUCUGGCUGUUUAUUAAUCAGACCAAUAAGUUCUUCUGGAGUAUUUUACUGUAUUCUUUUUUUUUUAAUUUAUUUUGUGCCCAAUAGUUAUUUAAUUUUCAAGAAUAUAGUGGGGUUUUUUGGAUCUCUUGUGAAGUAUUUUAGUGGAGUUGACUUGUUUCUUAUGUCUUAUUUUCUGAGGAAGAAAACAUAACAAAACAUCACUGGUGAGGGAAUUUUAAUAUAACCAGGAGUUUUAUAUUACAAGGUAUAUAAAAAGUCAUCUAACAGUUUUGAUAGGUGAAGUUUGCAGAAUGCACUGAACUGAAACAAAUCCAAAUGUCUGGAAUGCUGUAGAUGUGGAAUUUUGAUUUUAAUCUAUGUUUUCAUUUUGCACUGCAAGAUAGGAUAUGAAGAGGCUUUCAGUUCUCUAGCAUGUGUUGGUUUUUUUUUCCCCUCAACUCUUCAUAAUAUAGAACUGGUUUUGGUUGUUGGUAAGUUCCUCUUUUCCUGUAGAGGAGUGUGGUUCUCAUGCAGCAAAUGAAAGAAGAAAAUCUUGUGGAUGAUGAUCAUCUCGAAAUGAACUGUUUCUAAACGUUUGCUUAACCAGUUUUUGAAUGUCAGUGGCUUUCUGCUUCUUCAUUUGUUUGCUGGCUGUUAUACGUAAUACUGCAAUUUUUGGUAUAGGCGGUCCUUAGCCAUCAUCUUGUAGUAAGAAGGGGAGAACUUUGUGGAGUAACUGUUCUAGUGCAUUUUGUUUCAUUAACUGAGUCGAUUUUGUUUCAGGUAUAGAAAAUAUAAACUCUACAGGGUGUGAAUCUUUAGUGUCUUAUGUGCUAUUUUCUGCAGCUCUAGACACUUCUGAGUGAUUGCACAGUUGGCUUUUGAAUGCAACACGUUCAUUGUAUGUAAAGCAUUUUAUUGUCUGUUGUGACGCCUGUGUAACUUCCUUAUUUGUGAGGAGACUUCUUCGUUUGUCAUUGGAAUUGUGCUAGCGUUCUCCAGCUGUUGACUGAAAAAUAAAAAUGGUUGGAAAGAC